AUGUUCCUUCAACGCACAGCCUUCGCCCUCGCCCGGCGCACCCCUGCCCGGGCCAUUGCUGCUCGUCCCUUCUCCUCCUCUGUCACCCGCUUCGACCAGGCGAAGAAGUGGCAGGUCAGCAAGGAGGGCAAGAUCCUGUCUUUCGAUGAGAUCAAGACCGAGGAAGACCUUGUCCCCCCUGGUGCCAAGCCUGGUACCAUUCCCACCGAUAUCGAGCAUGCCACCGGUCUUGAGCGUCUCGAACUUACCGGAAAGAUGCAGGGCAUCGACAUCUUCGACAUGAGACCUUUGGAUGCCUCCCGCAAGGGAACUCUCGAGAACCCCAUCAUCGUCAACGGUGCUGGUGACGAGCAGUACGCUGGUUGCACUGGCUUCCCCGCCGACUCUCACCAGGUCAACUGGCUCACUGUCUCUCGCGAGCGCCCUAUCGAGCGCUGCGGUGAGUGCGGUAACGUCGUCAAGCUGAACUACGUCGGCCCCGAGGAGGACCCCCACGCUCACGACCACCACGGCCACGGCCACGGCCACCCUCCCUAUGAGGAGCCCAAGACCUUCGCCGACUACGUCAAGCCUGAGUACUGGUACCGGUAA